UCACUUUCCCCUCCCUCAGGGUCCGACGGGUGCGCAUGGGGAUGUGUAGGAAUGUUUCGCGUAACAAUAGUUUGAUCUUGCUUGCAGACGUCUCGAAGUAGUGCACCACUAAGGGUCACCCAAACUGUGCGGAACAAGUGGCAAGGACAUUAUCGAAUUUGGUUAGUUUUCAGGAAGUAUUCAUCAGCUUUUCGACCUGAAGCUUCUGAUUGCAUUGUGCAAGUAUUACCAGCGUUGCGUAUCUUGCGGCCAAAAAUACAAUGGACGGUCAAGGCGAGGUGCAAAAGCUGCAGCUGCACCUGUCUCUGCUGCGCGAGGAGUACGUGCGUCUGCAGCGUGACUUGGCAGACGUGAGUCACAAGUACGCCAUCCUGUUGGCUCAGUCGGGCGGCGCAGAGCCAGCCGGCGGCGGCUACGUGGCCUCACUUGUCGCCACCGUGGCUGGCCUCUACCGCUCCACGCAGUUCAGUGACCUGCAAGUGAAGGUCGGCGACCAGGUGUUCCAGGGGCACAAGUUCGUGUUCGUGGCCCGCGGCAGUCAUUGGGGCGUCAAAUCGGUGGCCGAUGUCUCCGAGCUGGACUGGUCGGACAUCAGCGCGGACGUCGGCCUCGAGGUACUGCAGUGGCUCUACACGGACCAGGCGCCGCUCGCGCAGGGCGACGACUUCGUGCUGGGUGUGAUGCGCACCGCCGACCGGUUCCAGCUCGCAGAGCUCAAAACCAAGUGCGAGAACGCCCUGAUGUCGUCCGUCAGCGUGAAGAACUGCAUCAAGUUCUACACCACGGCCGACGACAUCGGCGCCGGCACGCUCAAGGACUACUGCUCCCGACUCAUCUCCACGCACUGGAACGACUUCACCAGCGAAGACUUCGCGCACAUGAAGGCGCCGCUGGUAUACGAGAUGUUCAAGACGAAGACGCGGUACCCGCUGCACGCGGCGAUCCGGCUGCUGCGCGAGGACGUCGUCUUCCUCUUCCUCAUCGAGUUCAACGCGCAGCUUCCGGGCCGGCUAAACGAGGUGGACGACCGGGACAACCUGCCGUUGGACCUGGCGCUGCGCCUCGACCAGCCCGCCAUCUGUGAGACGCUGCUCAAACACCGAGUUGACGUAAACGCCGCAGACGGCCAAGGGCGCUCACUGCUACACAAGGCCAUCCUUCGAGAGGACGAGCGGUCGGCGCUGUUCCUGGCCGAGCACGGCGCGGCGGUGGGUGCGGCGGUGCCCGUCUCCGGCGACGCCCCGCUCCACCUGCUGGCCACGGGCGGGCCGCAGGACGAGUGGCGCGGCAGGCUGGCGCGCCGCCUGCUGGAGGCCGGCGCCGACCCGGACGUCCAGAACUGCCAGCUCAGCACGCCGCUGCACGUGUGCGUCUCGUCUGGCUGCACGCCCGUGUUCGACGUGCUGGUGACGCGGCCGUGUAACUGGGAGCUGCGCGACCUGCGCGGUCACACCGUGCUCUGGCACGCGCUGCUGGCCGGCGUGCAGCAGAACAGCAUGGCGCAGCGGCUGGUCACCGCCGGCGCCAGUGUCGAUGCCGUAAACCAGGGCACGCAGGACACUCUGCUGCACCAGGCAGCUCUCAGUGACCUGGAGGAGGAGGCCAUCUUCCUCGUCAAGGCCAAGGCGAAGACGGGCUCCUUCAACCAGCUGGGCGAGACGGCGCUGCACGUGGCGGCGUCGCACCACCGCCAGACGGCCGCGCACCUGGCCGUGCAGUACCGGCACCGCGGCGUCGUCACCGCCCUGCUCGACCAUAAGCGCUCGGUGGAGGCGUCCGGCGACGCCAACGCAGUGGUGCCGGACCUGAACCUGAAGGACUCGAACGACCAGACGCCGCUUGCGCUGGCGCUGGAUCUGAACCAGACCGAGGUGGCGCUGGAGCUGAUCCAGUACGGGGCCUCUGUCAACAUCCCGGACCUGGAGGGCCAGACGCUGCUGCACCGCGCCAUCGGUGCCGGCAACGUCCAGGCGGCCACCUUCCUGAUGCACAAUGGCGCUGACAUAGACGUCCGGAACGGCGAGGGCACGUCGCCGCUGCAGCUGAGCAUCCAGCGCGGUCUGCUGGCGGUGACGGAGCAGCUGUGUCGGUCAGGCGCCGACCUGUCACCGGCGCCGGGUCAGGACCCGCCGCUCUGGCAGGCGCUGGCGGCAGCGCACACCGAGGCCGCCUCCGUACUGGUCAGACACGGUGCCGACACGGACUGCUGGGCUGAGGGGCCCGAGGGCUGCUACCAAACGCUGCUGCACCGCGCUAUCGACGAGAACAACGAGGAGAUCGCCUCCUUCCUCAUACGCAGCGGCUGUGACGUGAGCAGCGCGCGCCGGCCGGGCCCGGACGGCCGGGGUGGGGACGAGGCGCGCGACCUGCUGACGCCGCUCCACCUGUGCGCCCAGUGGGGCCUGCAGCAGACCGUCCAGACACUGCUGGAGCACGGAGCCGCCGCCAACGCCCGGGACUGUGACCAGAAGACGCCGCUGCACGUGGCGAUCGAGAACGGCCACGCGGCCAUCAUCGGGCUGCUGCUGUCGGCGCCGGGCACCGACCUGACGGCGCGCGACAAACUGGGCCGCGCCCCCUUCACACUGGCCAUGGGCAUGAAGAACAACAAGGCGGCGCAGGCCAUCCUCGACCGGGAGCCGGGAGUGGCCGAGCAGUAUGACAACCGCGGUCGCAACUUCCUGCACGCGGCCAUUGAGAAGAAGGACAUCGAGGCGGUGAUGUUCCUGCUGUCGAUCCACGUGAACGUGCACUCGCGCACACGCGACUCGCUGCACCUGACGCCGCUGCACCUGGCCGCCCAGGCCGACUCCGAGAUCAUUCUGAGGAACCUGAUGCUGGCCGGUGCGCGGGUGGACGAGUGCACGCCGCUGAAGCAGACGGCGCUGCACCUGGCGGCAGAGCGAGACUGCCACCAGUGCGUGUCCGUCCUGCUCGACAAGGGCGUCGACUUCAACGCUGUCGACAACAACGUCGACAACGCCUUGCACGUGGCCUGCAAGGAGGGUCACCUGGCCACGGUGCGCGUGCUGCUGACUGAGUCCCAGAUCGACGCCGAGUCGACCAACCUGCGUGGCCGCAACCCGCUGCACGUGGUGGCGGCACUGGGCCGCGACAACGCUGCUGCCAUCUGUCAGCUAUUUCUGGAGUCGAUGCCUCGCUAUCCGCUCAACAGGCAGGAGGCGGACGGCAACACAGCGCUGCUGCUGGCCUACAUGAAGGGCAACGUCAACCUGUGCAUGACGCUGGUGAAGGCGGGUGCCUCGCUCGGCAUCAUGAACAACCAGGGCGUCUCCAUCUUCAACUUCCAGGUGGCCACUAAGCAGCUGCUCUUCAGGCUGCUGGACGCGCUAUCCCAAGAGCCGGGCUGGUGCGACGGCGACUACUGCAUGGAGUGCAGCACCAAGUUCGGCAUCGCCACCAGGAAACACCACUGCCGCCACUGCGGCCGCUUACUCUGCAAUCGCUGUUCGGACCGGCAACUGCCCAUCGUCAAAUAUAACAUAAACAAGCCGAUCCGGGUGUGCGACACCUGCUCCGACGUGCUCACGCUGGGCGCCGCCAUGUUCAGCUAGGCUAGAUGGGGGGUGUAGCGUGCUGUGUGGCUGGGUCGCCUGAAACAGUACGGGGAUAGCGGAGAGGAGGAGGAAACAGAUAGGCUUGUGUUGGGCGCCAUGCGUGCUGAUUAGCGAGCCGACGUGUUUGUUGAGAACAGCAUCUUAGUCUUCAGGAGUCUUGGAAUGCCGUUAGCGUGGUGGCGCCGCCGUCUUUUCGUAGGGAGCGCGUGGCCGAUCGACGAGGCGUAGCUGUCACCAGAUGGGUUGUAUCUGGCAUCCCUGAAAUGACCUAACUGUGGUUCCUUCGCCUGUGGCUCCGUCUGAUCGGCUAAUGGUGCACUCGCCUUCCAAUGUUAUGGGGCCCUCGUUUCUGGAUUCACUGGAGGAGUUAGCUCGCCGGCGGAUGUGCAGGAGUGGACGUGGCUAACGUGUGCUGACUAGCUUGGCGUGGCCAUCGGCAGAUGUGCAGGAGUGGACGUGACUAACGUGUGCUGACUAGGUUGGCGUGGCCACCGGCAGAUGUGCAGGAGUGGACGUGACUAACGUGUGCUGACUAGCUCGGUGUGGCCACCGGCCGACGUGAUCGCGGAAUGGCAUCGGUUUCGCGCCCUGUUGUUACUUGGCUAGGUCUAAUGUUGGCGCCUGGCGUGUCGUUCGUGCCAUGCGAUGUGCUCGGGGUCGGUGGGAUGGCGAGGCGGCUCUGGACGUGGCCGUGGAGCUUAGGCUCGUACUGCGGGCUUCACACCCGCCGCCGACCUCCGCCGCCUGGUGGGGCGGCGGCGUGACGAACGUCGGCCGUACGGGCGCGCUGCUGAUGCUGCUUCUGAGAUGCUGGUGACGUGGGGGCUGCGCCGAACCGCUCCAGUUGGAGCACGCUAUCCACAAACUGUGAUGUCAAAAGGCGAGAUUGUCGAAACGUGAGAUUGCUUGUUUCAUUGCCCACUGCGGAGUUGACAGUAUUUUGCAGUGUAGAAGUAUGGCGAUUGUGAAGUUUCUUUGGUUUUAUCUGAAGUCUGCUGAGCUUUAGUAUUGGUUGCCGUACGUUAAGACAUUCCUACCAGGCCGUGCACCAGCUGGUUUGUUGUGGAUAUUCACGUGGUGGGCAUGUGAUGUAUUGUGUGUGUUGACAUGCCCUCCUGCCAUGUGAAAUAGGAAUGCACCUCCCAGUGAUAUGGGUCCGGUAUAACGAUUAAUGCCAUUUAAUCUGGCUGGAGCCGUUAGUUACUAGAAUAUGUUUUCAGGUCGGGAGAGGGCGCUCAUUAUGUAUCGAAACUUGACUCUGACGUUUAACACCGCUUGUCCCUAGAUGUCAUCAAAACACGCAAAGCGAAUGAGAUAAUGCCCAUGCGCUAACACCACCGAUUUACCAUUUGAACUGGCCCACGCCUUGUGUCAGACGCCGUUGGGAAGCCGUUGUCUGAAUGUCAGGGGAAGCCAAGGGCGGGGCGCCGUGCGCCUUCUGCAUAAUCACUGGUCAGCCGCUGUCGGCCUGUGUCCGUCGCCGCGAACCUGGAUUAGUUUGGCUCAGGUCGUCAGGGGCGCUGCCAUCCACUACUGAUAAAGCUUCCCCUGACCGACAAGAGGCCAUAGUUUAGAACUGUAUUCUUUAUAUAUUAAAUAUAUACUGCAUUAAAACA